CUGGCGGCAGCCCGAGAGCCAUGGCUGGGGUGGCUGGGCUCAUGGCCGAUGUGACUUGGAAGGUCCUGGAGGGAAGAGUCCGAAGCAAUCGCUCAGUUUUAAGAUUGCUGUAGUUUAGCCUGGGACGCUUAUGAUUAGAGUCAACAAUUUGAAAUGGCCAACUCACCAGAUGCAGUCGUCUCCUCUUCACCUGCUUUCUUAAGGUCUGGCUCAGUUUAUGAACCUCUUAAAAGCAUUCAUCUUCCAAAACCUGAUAAUGAAACUCUGUGGGAUAAAUUGGAUCAUUAUUACAGAAUUGUCAAAUCAACAUUGUUACUGUAUCAAAGUCCAACCACUGGUCUCUUUCCAACUAAAACAUGUGGUGGUGAUAAGAAGGCCAAGAUCCAGGACAGUCUGUACUGUGCUGCUGGGGCCUGGGCGUUGGCGCUAGCGUACAGGCGCAUUGAUGAUGACAAGGGAAGGACCCAUGAGCUGGAGCACUCGGCUAUAAAAUGUAUGAGAGGAAUUCUCUACUGCUAUAUGCGUCAGGCUGAUAAGGUCCAGCAGUUUAAACAGGAUCCACGCCCAACAACAUGUCUUCACUCUGUUUUCAAUGUGCAUACUGGAGAUGAGUUGCUCUCUUAUGAGGAAUAUGGUCAUCUUCAGAUAAAUGCAGUGUCACUCUAUCUCCUUUACCUUGUGGAAAUGAUUUCUUCAGGACUGCAGAUUAUCUACAACACUGAUGAGGUCACUUUUAUUCAAAAUCUUGUGUUCUGUGUAGAAAGAGUUUACCGUGUACCUGACUUUGGUAUCUGGGAAAGAGGAAGCAAAUACAACAAUGGCAGCACAGAGCUACAUUCCAGCUCUGUUGGCCUAGCAAAAGCAGCUCUAGAGGCAAUUAAUGGAUUUAACCUUUUUGGCAACCAGGGCUGUUCAUGGUCAGUUAUAUUUGUGGAUCUUGAUGCUCACAACCGCAACCGACAGACUUUGUGCUCACUGUUACCACGAGAAUCAAGAUCUCAUCUAUUUGAUGGCAUUGAAUGUGAAUUUCCCAUAUUUUUCCUUUACAUGAUGAUUGAUGGAGCUUUUAGAGGCAAUCCCAAACAAGUCCAGGAGUAUCAGGAUCUUUUGACUCCAGUGCUUCAUCAGACUACAGAAGGAUAUCCUGUUGUACCAAAAUACUAUUAUGUGCCAGCUGACUUUGUGGAGUGUGAGAAAAGAAACCCUGGUAGUCAAAAGCGAUUUCCUAGCAACUGUGGCCGUGAUGGAAAACUAUUUCUUUGGGGACAAGCCCUUUAUAUCAUUGCAAAACUCCUGGCAGACAAAUUAAUCAGUCCUAGAGACAUUGAUCCUGUUCAGCGCUAUGUCCCACUACAGAAUCAACGUAAUGUGAGCAUGAGAUUCUCCAAUCAGGGUCCGCUGGAAAAUGAUUUGGUAGUUCAUGUAGCACUUGUAGCAGAAAGCCAACGCCUUCAAGUUUUUCUCAACACAUAUGGUAUUCAAACUCAAACUCCUCAACAGGUAGAACCCAUUCAGAUAUGGCCUCAGCAGGAGCUUGUAAAAGCUUAUUUCCACUUGGGUAUCAAUGAAAAGUUAGGACUCUCUGGAAGGCCAGAUAGGCCCAUUGGCUGCCUCGGUACAUCAAAGAUUUAUCGCAUUCUAGGAAAGACUGUGGUUUGUUACCCUAUCAUUUUCGACUUAAGUGAUUUCUACAUGUCUCAAGAUGUUUUACUGCUGAUAGAUGACAUAAAGAAUGCACUACAGUUCAUUAAACAAUAUUGGAAAAUGCAUGGACGUCCACUUUUUCUUGUACUCAUCCGGGAAGACAAUAUAAGAGGUAGCCGGUUCAACCCUAUAUUAGAUAUGCUGGCAGCCUUUAAAAAAGGAAUAAUUGGAGGAGUCAAAGUUCAUGUUGAUCGUCUACAGACACUAAUAUCAGGAGCUGUGGUAGAACAACUUGACUUCCUACGAAUCAGUGACACAGAAGAGCUUCCAGAAUUUAAGAGUUUUGAGGAACUAGAAUUUCCCAAACAUUCAAAAGUCAAACGACAAAGAAGCACCCUUGAUGCUCCUGAACUGAAUCAGCUACCAGUCAUCACCAUUGCUGAGUGGAAAAACAAAUCCACCCACGAAAUUCUUCAGAAACUGAAUGACUGCAGUUGUCUGGCUGGCCAAGCCGUCCUGCUGGGCAUACUGCUCAAAAGAGAAGGCCCCAACUUCAUCACAAUGGAAGGUACCGUUUCUGAUCACAUUGAGAGAGUCUAUAGAAGAGCUGGCAGCAAAAAGCUUUGGUCGGUUGUACGCCAUGCAGCAAGUCUUUUAAGUAAAGUAGUGGACAGCCUGGCCCCAUCCAUUACUAAUGUUUUAGUGCAGGGCAAACAGGUAACUCUGGGUGCCUUUGGGCAUGAAGAAGAAGUUAUCUCUAAUCCUUUGUCUCCAAGAGUGAUUAAGAACAUCAUCUAUUAUAAGUGUAAUACCCAUGAUGAGAGGGAAGCAGUCAUUCAGCAAGAACUGGUUAUACAUAUCGGCUGGAUCAUCUCCAAUAACCCUGAGUUAUUCAGUGGCAUGCUGAAAAUACGAAUUGGGUGGAUCAUCCAUGCUAUGGAGUAUGAACUUCAGAUCCGUAGCGGAGACAAGCCAGCCAAAGACUUAUAUCAGCUGUCACCUAGUGAAGUUAAACAACUUCUGUUGGAUGUUCUGCAGCCUCAACAGAGUAGAAGAUGCUGGCUGAAUAGGCGUCAGAUUGAUGGGUCUUUGAAUAGAACUCCCCCUGGGUUCUAUGACCGAGUGUGGCAGAUCCUGGAGCGCACACCCAAUGGUAUCAUUGUAGCCGGCAAGCAUUUGCCACAGCAACCAACCCUGUCAGAUAUGACCAUGUAUGAGAUGAAUUUUUCUCUCCUUGUUGAAGACAUGUUGGGAAACAUUGACCAGCCAAAGUACAGACAGAUAAUUGUGGAGUUACUAAUGGUUGUAUCCAUUGUACUGGAAAGAAACCCUGAGCUAGAAUUUCAAGACAAAGUAGAUCUAGACAAACUGGUGAAAGAAGCAUUUCAUGAAUUUCAAAAAGAUGAGAGUCAACUAAAAGAAAUUAAAAAACAAGAUGACAUGACUUCCUUUUACAACACUCCACCCCUGGGAAAAAGAGGAACAUGCAGCUAUUUGACAAAGGUUGUGAUGAAUUUGCUGCUGGAAGGAGAAGUCAAGACAAGCAAUGAGGAUUCAUGUCUGGUUAGCUAGUGAGGAAGGUGGAAGGGGCUCUUCUAAGACUGAUUUCCUAGCAGUGUGUGAAGUUUUGUGUUGAAGCUUAAUCAAGGAGGCCAUUUAUGCAUGAGCUGGUCUUAAUGGUGAGGUGACUGCCACACCCCUGGGAAAGUGAUGGACCUUUUGCAUGCCGUUGCCAGUCUAAUGGUGAGAAAUCUUUUAAUCAAGUGAAAAAGUCUUCUUGAUUACACCACCUACAAUAACCUUUACUGAACAACAGAAAUAGCUUAUGAAUUGAAUAUUCACUGCUGCAUGUCUUACGAUCAAAUAGUUCAUCAGAGCAGGGCAUGGUGACACACGCCUGUAAUCUCAGCACUUGGGAGGCUGAGGCUGGAGGAUCAUAGUUCAAGACUAGCUUGGACUAUAUAGCAAGACCCUGUCAGAAGAAA